AUAACUUGUGUAUUUUUAUCAGACCUACAUUAAUUUUUUUUUUUCUAAUCGGAGUUUUAACAGUCAAAGUAAUAUAUAUUUUGGUGCAUUAGAAUACAAAACACUUAACUGUGUAAUUGUUGUUUAAUAUUAUCCGCAUAUUGAAACGAAACUCGCGACGCGGUCAUUUGCGUUGUGAGAGCAACAUUAGAUAUUGGGGAAAUUACUCAUACACUAAUGUUUACUCUUUAUAUACACAGAAAUACAACUAUGCAUCGUCUAACAACCGCAAAGUAUUUACAUUAGAAAUUAAAUACUUUAAUGGAGUAAUUCUUACUGUAAAUGUUUCAAAAACUACAGUUUCAACGCUUGACAAGUAUACACAGUAUAUUAGCAAUUGAGGGAGAACUCCGCUUUGUGAAGAUACAAAUUGAGCCUUAAAAUCUUCAAUAUUAUUGGAGCCAAAAGCAAACAUAAUGGGCGGCGGCAAAAACAUACGCCGCGGCUUGGAGCCACUGGAAUUUGAAGAGUGCAUCGUCGAUAGUCCAGAUUUUCGUGAAAAUUUAAAUCGGCAUGAAAAGGAACUGGACCACACUAGUCAUCAAAUCAAACGAAUAAUCAAAGAGGUCAAAGAUCUUAUGAGUGCGGCAAAAAUGCUGUCCACUAGAAUGAAACAAUUGGCCAUUUUACUUACCGACUUUAACUUUGAGUGCAUAGGCACAGCUCAGACCGACGAUGAGAAUGUUAUUUGUGAAAGCCUGAAACGUUUCGGUGCUAUAAUUGGCAAUAUCGAAGAUGAGCGCGAAAAAAUGCUAACUCUUGCUGAUAAACAUAUUAUUGAGUCACUGGAGGAUUUUCGAAAAAAACAAAUUGGUGGCGUCAAAGAGAAAAAAAAAUUUGAUAAGAAAACGGAGAAAUUUUGUCAGUCGCAGGAGCGUUUUCUGAAUAUGUCAACAAAAAAGCCAGAAAACACAAUACAGGAGGCGGAUGCUAGUUUGGGCAUGCAUGAGCGCGAAUAUAUUCAAGAGUCGCUGAGCUAUGUUUUGCGCAUACAGGAAGUGCAGGAGCGAAUUAAAUUCGAAUUUGUCGAAAUACUGCUCGCAUUUAUUUCUGGCUGGUUGGUGUUUUAUCACACAGCACACGAACAGGCGGAAGAUCAUCGCGACUACCUGCAAGAUUUGAGGCACAAAGUGCAAAAAACUCGGGAAAAUUUCGAGGAAGCACGCGAAAAAGUGACUGAGCUGAAAACGAAGUACAUGGAAAAACGCACAAAGCCCGAGGAAAUUUUUACAAAACGUGGUUACCUAUUUUUAAUGGAAAAAAAGCCAUUCAAAGCAACAUGGACAAAGUACUACUGCACAUUCAAGAAGCAAAAGCGGGAAUUCACCAUGCUCCAGUUCAAUCAGAUGAAUCACAAUUUUACGAGACCCGAGGCGCGUGACGAUGAAAAACUAACGCUGUUCUCUUGUCAACGACGGGCAUCCGAGUUUGAGAAGAGGUUUUGCUUUGAUUUGACCUUCAAGGAAAAGCCAGGAGUCGUGUACACAUUUCAAGCUUUGAGCGAAAAAGAUCAUCGUUAUUGGAUAAGCGCUAUGGAUGGCACGGAGCCGACAUAUUUGGCACCCGGAAAAAUCAAAGUCAGCGAAGCAUAUCAACUGGAUGAAGCCGGGUUCAUGUUUAUCCGUAAAUGCAUUCAGGUAUUAGAAAUUCGUGGUCUGGAGGACGAGGGCAUUUACAGAAAAAGUGGCGUUGGAACAAAGAUCAGCAAGUUGCUGUCCCUUGGUCUAAAUCAAAAGGAAACGGAAGACGUAUUUGUCGACGAAAAGUAUCGGGAUUUAAUGGAGAGCAAUACCAUUGCUAGUGCCCUCAAAAUGUAUCUUCGGAAUCUGAACGAGCCGCUAAUGACGUAUAAGUACCAUAGCGAUUUCAUUGAAGCAGCAAAGCAAGAAACCCUGAACCAACGCGUGAAUGAGGUGCACAAGCUGGUCUACAAAUUGCCCCAGCCCAAUUUCCAGAUGCUGGAUAUGGUUAUUUCGCAUUUAAAAGAUGUUUCCCGCAAGUACGAGAAGAACAAAAUGUCCGUAUUUAAUCUUGGAGUUGUCUUCGGGCCAACAUUGUUACGCCCGCGAGAAGAGUCCGUUGCCGCCAUAUUGGACAUCAAGUUUAACAACAUCGUCAUCAACAUUCUAAUCGACAGCUAUGAGCGGAUUUUCAAGAACAAACCGAGCAGCGACGUUAAGUUGCCGGACACCACGAAAACGCCGAGUAUCAUGUACCCCAGUCGCAGCAGUCCACCAACUCGAAUGCCGCGCGCUUCGCAAAUAGGAAAGGCGGCAUCGACGGGCGCAAUGGGCAGUGGGAGUACGGCGGCCAAUCCCAUGUUCUUGAACCAGCAGAAGAUCUAUCGGGUGGUAAACAAGUCCAACUGUACGGAGCCCACGAUGUCGUCGAGCUUGCAAAAUAUUCCAAACGGCGAUAAUUACGCCCUUGGCAUGUCCAGUGGCGGAUCGACCGUUAUCAACAGUUCCGGCGGUGCUGGCUGCAUAUCGCUGUCGCCACCGAUGCACAUGCUAAACGGAAUACUCGCGCCAACAGUGGGCAGCAUCAAUAACCUACACACCAUUUCGAAGAACGACUCGAGCUCAAGGCGAUACGUGCCCAGCUCGUGUACCGAUACCGAUGUGGCACCCGAUUAUGGUAUUAUAAGUGCCAGCGUGGCCAACAAUGGCGGUGUGACGUUACAGGCGCACCAUGCCGUACCCGUGAGCAGUACGAGUAACUUCCGACAUCCCGAUUAUCUGAUGACCACGGCCACGCCAGUGUCAUCGCAAUCGGGGUCAAGCAACCAUAUAUAUACAAACACGGCGAGUGGUGCCGGUGCCGGUGGUGCUACGUCAAGCAAUCGUAUUAGUCUUAAUAAUCUUUCCCCGCCAAAUACCGCAACGCGAAAGGAGCGAUUUCUGGGCAGCGUCAGUGGGCCGCAACAGCAUCCGCCCGUCCAACGGGGACUGCACUCCUAUGGCCAGACGAAACACUAUUCCCCCUUGAUGCCAACCUCAACGUCGAGCUCCAACGACAGUGUUUGUGAUUCACUCUCUUCCAACAACGGCCUGGGCAGCAGCUCCGUUGUGGCAACUAGCAACAACAGCGGCAAUGUCACACAGCACCUGAACACAAGGAACUCCAAUGAGUAUGCACUGAGUCUUGGUCCCACCUACGACGAGAUCGUUGCGGAGACCACAUUGCCCUCCGUUAGUCUCAGCUGCGGCGGUUCCGCCAACGAAAGCUCCGAAUAUCCGCCAAGUAAAAUGCAUCGUAAUCGCGACAUUAACCAAAUAAAACGGGAUUUGUCAACGGGCACAGCUCGAGUGCGCACACUUUAUGCUUGUAUGGGAGAAAGUGAGGGUGAGCUUUCAUUUGAGCCUAACCAAAUAAUAACUAAUGUUCGGUAUUCUCAUGAACCUGGCUGGCUGCAAGGUACACUAAACGGCAAAACAGGACUCAUUCCGGAGAACUAUGUGGAACACUUAAAGCCUCAUCAUUAGAUUAUGAGUUUGCAGAGUUCCCCCUAUUAUUUUUUGCAUACGUCGGUAGAUAAAAUUAAAAUGAAAUUUAGGAAAUCUGAAAAUAAUCGUUGUGUAAAAACUAAUUUCGAUGAUGAUAUACCCAUGGGGUUUUACAUGAGAUGAAUUGCAUUUUAUGCCAACCCAGGAAACCACAAUCUUACCUUAUAAAUAUGUUAACCUUUAUAUUACCAUGACCAUAAAAUGUACUUAUUUUUAAUUAAUUAAUAAGGAGUAUAAACUCAGUGCAACUGCAAAGAUUUAUUUACUAAUUGUUACGCUCUUCAUUUGUUGCUUAUUUAUACAUAAUUCACGUAAUUUGUGCAAAAAUGGAUUACAUCGUAUCUAAUAUCUACUACAUAUACCAUUGUAUAAAAAUAAAUAGCAGUGCUUCGAUCACUUUUAAAAUGUAAACUUUAAACUGAAGUCUGCCAUAUAUCAUAUCAAAAAAAAAAAAAAACAAUAAUAAUAAAUAUUUUCUUAGCAAGGCAAAGAAAACGUAGAAUGUUGAAAA